AUGAAUAUAAAUGAGUCUUCCAAAAAAUGCAAGAGAGUGACUUUCGGUAAAACUACUGUAUAUGAAUACCCCCGAUGUCCUAGCUGGAGCGAAAUCAACAAAGAUGACGCUGCUUCAAACCAUACUGAUAACUCAAGUACUGCUCAAAACUCCAAAACAAACAGCAAAUCCAAUAUUCAGGCAUACAAAAAAUUGAAAAAAUGCCAAUACUUUUCCCCAAAUAAGUCAUUAGGUGGAACUACUGGAAUGCGACCAUCCAAUAUAGUAAAAAAUUUUGCUGAAAAUUUCUUUUAUAGAUGUCCUCAUUUUACGAAUAUAGGCAGGAACAUUGGAAGUAAUAGUGCAGUAAAUGCAAUAGUUCAUUGUAACAGAACAGCAAGUUCUCCCUCCAUUUCUAAAGCAAUAGGACAAAAUGAGUUGCCCCCUCGAUCAAAAUCUAUUGAGAGAUUUAUAAGAAAUAAAACAACAAACGAACAAACAUGUAUAAAUCCCAAAAAAACAUGUUCCGUAGCAAAUCAUAUAAAUACGAGAGAUGUUAACAAAGCUGUUAACAAAGCCAAUAAUGUGCCUACUUCGACUGCUCAUACAAUGAGAAGUUUCACACCUCCACCUCAAUACAGUUGUACAUAUGCUGGCAAUGGCACUGCGAGGCCCAAUAUUAGAAAUAUUAGAAAAGAAACUGUAAGUGUUUGCCCUUGGAGAGAACAGCAAAAAGCAAAAUUCGCAGAAAAUUUUGGGCAUACUAAUCAUUGUUAUCCUGGUGUUGACAGAAAGAGCGGAGGCAAUGAUCUUGCAGCUCCUAAGGGGUGUAACACUAAUACAUCCACCAAUUAUAAUGGAAACUAUGACCGCGCACAAAAUGCAGCCACAGGACCUUGUAACACAAAUUCAAGAAAUAAUUCUGAAAACAAUUGUUCAUGGUUAAACAACGACGGGCAUUCGAAUAAAACAAAUGCUUUAUGUAAUGCUAAUACUUCCAUGAAUUUUAGAGGUAAUUACCAAUAUACACACAACUCAGCUUCAGAACCUAACAUUAGAUAUAUGAGAAAUGAUAUCACAAAAGAACAAUCAGGGGUAAACAACGAUCGGCGUGCUAAUAGAACAAAUGCUCAAUGUAAUGCUAAUACUCCCAUGAAUUUUAAAGGCAAUUGUAAGUAUACACAUAACUCUACUUCAGAACCUAACAUUAGUAAUAUGGGAAAUAAUACAGCAAAAUAUCAAUCAUCUGCAAUCAAAGAACGACGUCCUAAAGUACUAAACACUCCUUGCAAUACUAACACUUCCACCAAUUAUAAAAGUACUUGUCAGUAUGCACAAAAUAUAGCUCCAGACCCCUCUAAAAGAAAUUCGAUAAAUAUUACUGGAAAAGAUCGCUCAGAUGUACAAUACGAAGGACGCACUUAUGCAGUAAAUGGCCCAUGUAAUAUUAAUACUUCCUUAAAUUUUAAACGAAAUUGUCAGAAUACACGUAACACAGCUCCAGAACCUUGUAAGAGAUGUUCGAUUAAUAACACUGAAAAAGAUUACUCCUGUGUAGGCAACGAAGGAGGUCCUACCCGAACAAAUCCUCCACGUAAUGCUAAUACGUCUAUGAAUUUUAAAAGGAAUUGUCAGAAUACAUAUAACACAGCUUCAGAACCUUGUAAACCAAAAAUGAUGAAUUAUGCUGAAGAAGACUAUUCAUGUGUAGGCAACGAAGGGCGUACUACCCGGUCAAAUAUGCCAUGUAACGCUAAUACUUCCAUGAAUUAUAACCGCAAUUUUCAAAAUGAAUAUAACACUGCUCCAGAACCCUUUAGAAAAAAUUCGAUGAAUAAAGCUGGAAAUGAUCGUUCUUGUGUGAGCAAUGAAGGACGUUUUAUCCGACCAAAUAAUCCAUGUAUUUUUAGUACUUCCAUGAAUUUUAAAGGGAAUUGUGAAAACACACUUAACACAGCUUCAGAACUUUGUAAAAGAAAUUUGAUGAUUAAUGCUGGAAAAGAUCAUUCAUGUGUAGGCAACGAAGGACAUCCUACCCGGCCAAAUACUUCCAUGAAUUAUAACAGGAAUUGUCAAAACGCACAUAACACUGCUUCAGAACCAUUUAGAAAAAAUUCGAUGAAUAAUGCUGGAAAUGAUCGUUCAUGUGUGAGCAAGGAAGGACGUCCUACCCGACAAAACGAUCCAUGUAAUGGUAAUACUUCUAUGAAUUUUAAAGGGAGUUGUCAGAAUACACAUAACGCAGCUCCAGAACCCUUUAGAAGAAAUAUGGUGUGUAACACUGGAAAAGAUCGUUUAUGUGUCAGCAACGAAGGACGUCCAACCCGACCAAUUACACCAUGUAAUACUAAUACUUAUAUGAAUUUUAAAACGAAUUGUCAAACUACACAUAACACAGCUCCAGCAUCUUAUAAAAAAAAUUCGAAGAAUAAUGCUGAAAAUGAUCGUUCAUGUGUGAGCAAGGAGGGACGUUCUACCCGACCAAAUACUCCAUGUAUUAUCGGUCGUGUAUAA